AUGGGCCCGAAGCGCAACAGCGCCGGCGGCCAGACCGUUCAGAAUCCUAAGAAGAAGGCUAAGGCCAAGCCUAAAAGUCACACGUCAACGGAGCCGCUUGCGAUAGCACGCUCUCAUGCAGAGCAAGCGGCCGCAUCGGACAACAUGUGUGCAGGGAUCGUGGGGCAGAUCCACGACGCUAUCAGGAUCAUCGACGAUAACCCGAUCUUCAAGGAGAUCCACCAGAUGAACCCGCUGACUAUCGCCGAGGGUGGUUCCCAAGAGCCGUACAACUACGGCUCGUUCAACUCGGUCCUCAAGAAGUCCAACACAGACAACAACGGCGCCGUGUCGUACGACUGUGGAGGGAACUUCUUCUGGCAAUCGUUUGUUUGGAUGGCGAAUCACAGGGUCCCCGUGAACAUGGGCAUGGUCCGUGACAUGCAGCGCAUGCACUUGUGCCCAAGCUCGCCACCAUCCAAGCUGCCAUUUACGACCGUCAUCGCGGUCGACAACGCCACCGCGGACAUUAUGGAGAACAAGGGCGGCAUGGCGCGGAUCAGCAACCCCGAGCCUGUCUUCGCGACCAUCUUGAGUCUGGAGUCGGCGAUCCGGAACAAGGAGAGCGAUGAAGUUUUGAUGGCGUGGCGCAAGACGCUGCUUUCGGCCCCCUUCUCAUUCGAGGUGGUUUCGCCGGGCGAAGACCGCUACUGGCGCGCGCAGAACAUCAGGCAACAAAUCAUCCAGACCAGAUUCAUCGCACAGUUGAGCGUACGGCAGUGGAUCUACGACGUAGUUGGCCUGAAGUUAGCAAUGGAGAAAGAGAUGGCAAAGGAGAUCGGCAGCGAGAAAUUGCACAAGCUAUAUACUGAUAAGAUCACUUUCGCUGGCAACCAGAAGCCCUUGAGCGCUUCAUUUGUGGACAGCGCUGUGACGGUAUACAAACGAGUCUUAAGUCUGUCACAAGCACGGAGGCACCUUGAGUGGGCAGAGGAGAACAUGCUGGACAACUACCCUUUCAAGACAAUCGGCUCCCUCCAGGCGCUGGUGGACCGCGGGCAGACCGCCUCGCGCAUCAGCUGGGCCAUCUGGGGGAUGACCGACUUGUACCGCAUGCUACAGAACUGGCUCCCGCAGUCUGGCAUCGCGUCGCAGUUCGCCACCAAGCUGCAAGAAGUGCUGGCCGACUUCGAGAGCGUUCGUAAACACAUGACUGCGUAUCCUGGCUCACACGCGGACACCACAUGGAUGGUGAGUGUCCCGCCUUCGGUCGCAGCGGCCGCGGAAAUGAUUGAGGACAUGGUUUACACUGUGAAUUGGGACCCUCGGUUUCGUGACGCGAUCAAGUCUAAAUGCACCGUGACAGAUUUCAUGGCCUACGACUCCGUCGCGGGAGCCAUCAAGGAGGUGACGGACAUGAUCAGCGUUGAGCGCGCCGCAUCUAUGAAAUGCGUCGAGAAUGGUGGGUCAGAGACUGCUGGUACGGCAGAAGGCGCAGCUGUCCCGGCUGCGGGCUCCGCUGUUUCGGCGGCACCUGCGGCAGCAGAGGGCUUCGAGAUCCUGGGCACCACCGAGAAGGAGCAUUGGCAGCAGCAUGUCGACAAGACGGUGAGGACUUACAUCAACUUUAUCGUGGAGGGCAAGAAAUCGCAGGCGGAGAUCGAGCUUGCCAUCAAGAAUUCACCAUUGGCCAUGAUGCAGGGGGACCCUACAGGCUUGGUGCUAUAUUUUUACGAUGUGAAAGCCCAUGGAGAACCCCUCACCAGGCCAGAGCUCCGCAUCAGCCCGUUGAGGGAUGUCGUUUAUACCAAGCUCGUCAAGUCGGUACUGAACGCAAGGGCACCCGCCGGUGGACAGCCGCAUCGUCGUCCAGGAGAGGUGGCGGUGGUACUUGACGGAGGCCGGCGGGGGAACGCAAACAAGUUGCAGGCGCCUUGGAGGGAGGGUACACGGAAGGACGGCAAGAAGAAGGAGGAUGAUGACGAAGAGGACCCCGUGGACGAUGAUGAUGAGGAAAAGCCCAACUUCACAGUCUCGAACAUCAACUUAAUCUACACGGAGAGCUCGCUCCAGGCCCGAAGGCAGAAGGCGCGCGGCUGCAUGGCCAGCGUCCAACAGUCCGAGACAGCCAUCAUGAUGUCGAACAACAAGAUCAGCAUCCCAGAGCGCAGCCGCAAGCAUUGGCCAGGAUCUACGAGCGGAGACACGAUCUAUGGGAUCGAGGCCCCCGACAUCUCCAAGGAAUGGAAGAUGGCGUGGAAAGACAAAAAAGACGUGCUGGGGAAGAAGCAUAUGAUCCCUGUGGGGGGGAAGACGGAGAUGGACAACGUCGAUCCUAGUCAGAUCGAGCGCAAGACUGAUUCCACGUGGGUGCCUAUGUGCUACCAUCCGAUGCCAGAGAAAUUUUAUGACGAAUUGAUAUACACUUUCUACGCGAAAUCGAUCGUCGACCUCACCCCCACUGACGGUAAAUUUGCAUUCACCGCGCUCAAGCAGAGAGUGGGGUACGUGGGCAUCGCAUAUACAGAUGCACAUGCAGAGAAGCUGUAUGAUCGUCUCGGAGAGUUAAUGAAAAAGGAGAUGCUAAACCCCGCCAGCAAGCUCUGGAACUCAUCCUACGCGAAGGCGGUGAAGCCGGACACCAACGCCGAGGAGGAGAUUGAGGUGUUGGCGCCCAACAUGCUGGUGCAGGCUGACCGCAGCUGCGAGAGGCGGGCGCUUACCGUUCAGAUGAGGCGGAAUUCAACGGCGGCACCGAGCUGCGAGAGCCAGUUCAACGGCGGCACCGAGCUGCGAGAGGCGAAGUUCAACGGCGGCACCGAGCUGCGAGUCGGGAGCGACUUCUCUGGUAUGGACGCCUUCAGUGCCGCCCUCAAGCGGAUGAAUGUUCCACAUGAAGAAUUAUUCGCUUCUGACACCAACGUGACGUGCAGGAAGGUCUUGCACUAUGUCCACAACCCCCACAUGAUCUACGGGGGAAUUGAGGAGAGGGAGGCCGACGCCGACCCCAGCACAGACCUCUACCUGUGGACGCCCCCUUGCCAGGACUUCAGCUCCAUCGGCAAAGGGGCUGGUAAGAACGGACCCCAGAGGUCAGGGGCCUUGAUGGCCCGUGCCAUGAAAUACAUCAAGAUGAAGCAGCCGCGUCUCACGAUCAUGGAGAACGUGAAGGCCCUAACCCACGCCAAGCAUCGCCCCGUCAUGGCAGGCAUCCUCAAGUUCCUCCAGGACAACAACUACGAGGUCUUCAAGAACGUCCUGAACGCGAAGCACUAUGGGCUGCCUCAGGAUAGGCGUCGCCUGAUCAUUGUGGGCAUCCGCAAGGACUGCAUCAAGCGCCCAUUCAGCUGGCCCACCAUCAACAUGAAGACACCCAGUGUCGCCACAAUUCUCGACCGGCAGCUACCGUACGACAAGCCCGGGAGGCUCCCGUCGAAGGCUCGCGAGAAGGAGCGGUGCCAGGCGGCGUACAGGAAGGCGCAUGGAGACGGGCAUGAUGCCAGGAAGGUCAACAUCAUGGUGGACGUCGACGCGUCAGAGAAAUUUCAAACGUUCGGGGUGGACAUUUGCAAGACGCUCACGCGCUCGCGGGGCGGUUGCGGGGGGCCAUGGGCUUCCACGCGUGGCCGCCGCUUGACCACCCCGGAGCUUCUGAGGCUCCAGGGCUUCAAGCCAGAGGACUGUCCCUACCAGGAGUUGGGCAUCUCCGAGCGCCAGGUGGGGCUCAUGGCAGGAAACGCCGUGGCCGUCAACAUGGCCGGCGUGGUGCUACAGGAGGCCCUGUGGAGCGCCGGUCUCGUGAAGGAGAAGAGCGUGUACCCUCGCAUGAGCCACGUGGUGGCAUUCCAGAUUUUCGACGUGGGCAAGCCCAUGCACAAGGACCCGGGGGACCACAUCGCCAGGCGUGCAUUCUUGUCUUUGAUUCAUGGCGAUGGUUUCGAGGACCUCGUCGUGGACGGCUUCAUGGCCUUCGCGUUCCUCUUUGUGCGCGAGCACGGGCCCGAGAAUUUGUUCGUGAUCAGCCGGACCAACAACGGCACAUGGUACGUGCCCAACCGGCGGACACAGGUUGAGGCUUGGGUCGUCAGAUUCAUGAGAUGGUGCGGGCUGACUCGGCUCGGUUGGGACAUCAACACCCAGCUCCACCUGGUCACGGAGACCCACGGCGCCAACGGCAAGGGGCAGGUGGCCGCGCGGCUGGAGCUCAGCCACAUGAUCGACAACGAGUGCGAUUGCCUGUGGUCGUGCCUGGCCGAUCCCUGGGGCAACAGCGGCGACUCUCUGCAGGUGAGUUGCCACGUCAACUUACCCACCUCCUUCAUUUUUCCCUUGACCAAUCCCGAGCAGGUCGCCUUUCGGCGAGGCCGCAGGGGUGGGUCAAGGGAGGAUGGGGCACAAGUGGGUCUAGUUGACUUGGCCACAAAGGCGGUCAUCCACUUCAAGGCCCUCAAGCCCGCCGGCAGCAUCCACAAUUGGCCGCCGUGGCUCAAGAAGAGAUUCGUGGAGGCACACUCCUGGAAGGAGGUCGCCACGCUGCUGAAGCUUGACUUCAACGAUGCGGCCUGGGUCUUCUUGUGCAGGAUGUGCCCGCCGGUGCAGGACUUCGAGCACGGCACGCACUGCAUCUACAAGACUUUGGAGGAGGACGUGAUCUGGCACGUGGGCUCCAUCGGCCGCGGGAACAUCUAUGUGAAGCCGACCUUCGAGACGCAGUUGGAGGUCAUGAGCCUGCACGUCCAGCACAUCACCCAGGAGCUCCAGACCCUUCCGCGCGGCCUGAGCGGCCUGAGCCUCGCGCCGCGGCUCCCUGACGGCCCGCCGCCCGCCCAUCUGCUCAGCGCUGGCGAGCCAGCGGCGGCGUGGCGCAAGUGGAGGUCUCAAGGUUCGGAGUCGUGGAACGCUCGCAAGAUGCAGCGUGCCAUAGAACAUAGGAUGCGCGUCAACAGCGGCGACGAGCCACGCGCCGCAGAGAGGAGUAGCGGCUGCUUCGGCCUUGGCUGCAUCGGCCCUUUGGCGGUGUUCCAAAAGAUGCGGAUGGGCCCGAAGCGCAACAGCGCCGGCGGCCAGACCGUUCAGAAUCCUAAGAAGAAGGCUAAGGCCAAGCCUAAAAGUCACACGUCAACGGAGCCGCUUGCGAUAGCACGCUCUCAUGCAGAGCAAGCGGCCGCAUCGGACAACAUGUGUGCAGGGAUCGUGGGGCAGAUCCACGACGCUAUCAGGAUCAUCGACGAUAACCCGAUCUUCAAGGAGAUCCACCAGAUGAACCCGCUGACUAUCGCCGAGGGUGGUUCCCAAGAGCCGUACAACUACGGCUCGUUCAACUCGGUCCUCAAGAAGUCCAACACAGACAACAACGGCGCCGUGUCGUACGACUGUGGAGGGAACUUCUUCUGGCAAUCGUUUGUUUGGAUGGCGAAUCACAGGGUCCCCGUGAACAUGGGCAUGGUCCGUGACAUGCAGCGCAUGCACUUGUGCCCAAGCUCGCCACCAUCCAAGCUGCCAUUUACGACCGUCAUCGCGGUCGACAACGCCACCGCGGACAUUAUGGAGAACAAGGGCGGCAUGGCGCGGAUCAGCAACCCCGAGCCUGUCUUCGCGACCAUCUUGAGUCUGGAGUCGGCGAUCCGGAACAAGGAGAGCGAUGAAGUUUUGAUGGCGUGGCGCAAGACGCUGCUUUCGGCCCCCUUCUCAUUCGAGGUGGUUUCGCCGGGCGAAGACCGCUACUGGCGCGCGCAGAACAUCAGGCAACAAAUCAUCCAGACCAGAUUCAUCGCACAGUUGAGCGUACGGCAGUGGAUCUACGACGUAGUUGGCCUGAAGUUAGCAAUGGAGAAAGAGAUGGCAAAGGAGAUCGGCAGCGAGAAAUUGCACAAGCUAUAUACUGAUAAGAUCACUUUCGCUGGCAACCAGAAGCCCUUGAGCGCUUCAUUUGUGGACAGCGCUGUGACGGUAUACAAACGAGUCUUAAGUCUGUCACAAGCACGGAGGCACCUUGAGUGGGCAGAGGAGAACAUGCUGGACAACUACCCUUUCAAGACAAUCGGCUCCCUCCAGGCGCUGGUGGACCGCGGGCAGACCGCCUCGCGCAUCAGCUGGGCCAUCUGGGGGAUGACCGACUUGUACCGCAUGCUACAGAACUGGCUCCCGCAGUCUGGCAUCGCGUCGCAGUUCGCCACCAAGCUGCAAGAAGUGCUGGCCGACUUCGAGAGCGUUCGUAAACACAUGACUGCGUAUCCUGGCUCACACGCGGACACCACAUGGAUGGUGAGUGUCCCGCCUUCGGUCGCAGCGGCCGCGGAAAUGAUUGAGGACAUGGUUUACACUGUGAAUUGGGACCCUCGGUUUCGUGACGCGAUCAAGUCUAAAUGCACCGUGACAGAUUUCAUGGCCUACGACUCCGUCGCGGGAGCCAUCAAGGAGGUGACGGACAUGAUCAGCGUUGAGCGCGCCGCAUCUAUGAAAUGCGUCGAGAAUGGUGGGUCAGAGACUGCUGGUACGGCAGAAGGCGCAGCUGUCCCGGCUGCGGGCUCCGCUGUUUCGGCGGCACCUGCGGCAGCAGAGGGCUUCGAGAUCCUGGGCACCACCGAGAAGGAGCAUUGGCAGCAGCAUGUCGACAAGACGGUGAGGACUUACAUCAACUUUAUCGUGGAGGGCAAGAAAUCGCAGGCGGAGAUCGAGCUUGCCAUCAAGAAUUCACCAUUGGCCAUGAUGCAGGGGGACCCUACAGGCUUGGUGCUAUAUUUUUACGAUGUGAAAGCCCAUGGAGAACCCCUCACCAGGCCAGAGCUCCGCAUCAGCCCGUUGAGGGAUGUCGUUUAUACCAAGCUCGUCAAGUCGGUACUGAACGCAAGGGCACCCGCCGGUGGACAGCCGCAUCGUCGUCCAGGAGAGGUGGCGGUGGUACUUGACGGAGGCCGGCGGGGGAACGCAAACAAGUUGCAGGCGCCUUGGAGGGAGGGUACACGGAAGGACGGCAAGAAGAAGGAGGAUGAUGACGAAGAGGACCCCGUGGACGAUGAUGAUGAGGAAAAGCCCAACUUCACAGUCUCGAACAUCAACUUAAUCUACACGGAGAGCUCGCUCCAGGCCCGAAGGCAGAAGGCGCGCGGCUGCAUGGCCAGCGUCCAACAGUCCGAGACAGCCAUCAUGAUGUCGAACAACAAGAUCAGCAUCCCAGAGCGCAGCCGCAAGCAUUGGCCAGGAUCUACGAGCGGAGACACGAUCUAUGGGAUCGAGGCCCCCGACAUCUCCAAGGAAUGGAAGAUGGCGUGGAAAGACAAAAAAGACGUGCUGGGGAAGAAGCAUAUGAUCCCUGUGGGGGGGAAGACGGAGAUGGACAACGUCGAUCCUAGUCAGCGCAAGACUGAUUCCACGUGGGUGCCUAUGUGCUACCAUCCGAUGCCAGAGAAAUUUUAUGACGAAUUGAUAUACACUUUCUACGCGAAAUCGAUCGUCGACCUCACCCCCACUGACGGUAAAUUUGCAUUCACCGCGCUCAAGCAGAGAGUGGGGUACGUGGGCAUCGCAUAUACAGAUGCACAUGCAGAGAAGCUGUAUGAUCGUCUCGGAGAGUUAAUGAAAAAGGAGAUGCUAAACCCCGCCAGCAAGCUCUGGAACUCAUCCUACGCGAAGGCGGUGAAGCCGGACACCAACGCCGAGGAGGGUAAGGCCAAGCCCAAGCCCAAGCCGAAGGGCACAGACGAGGACAAAGCGGGGCCACCAGAAGAUCAAGAAGAGCAAGACGAUGAUGAGGAUGUCUGGGAUCCGGACGCAGAAAAGUGA